AUGUUCCAGAUCCCAGAGUUUGAGCAGAGUGAGCAGGAAGACUCCAGCCCUGCAGAUAGGGGCCUGGGCCCCAGCCCCGCAGGGGACCAGCCCUCAAGCCUCAACAAGCUCUGGACUACGGUCCCAGGUCUCCUGGGGGAAGCUGGUCACCAGCAGGGCCAGCCGGCCAGCAGCAGCCACCAUGGAGGCGCUGGGGCUAUGGAGCCGCGGAGUCGCCACAGCUCGUACCCCGAGGAAGAUGACGACACCGAGGAGGAGGAGCCCAGCCACUUCCGCGGCCGCUCGCGUUCAGCGCCCCCAAACCUCUGGGCAGCACAGCGCUACGGCCGCGAGCUCCGCAGGAUGAGCGACGAGUUCCACGGCUCCUCCUUUCUGGGACUCUCUCGCCCGAAGAGCGCAGGCACGGCGGUGCAGAUGCGGCAAAGCUCCGGCUGGACGCGCUUUUUCCAGUUCCAGUCCUGGUGGGGUCGGAACUCGGGGAGAGGAGGCUCCGCCUCCUCCCAAUGA